CUCUAUCGAACUUGCAUGGUGACGAUAAACUAAAGUCAUGCCAUUACGGCAUAACGAUAGAUGGGGAGCAGAUGUUGUGCCAUCUAAUUGAUUAGCCACACAUUUUGGGUGAUUAUACGACAGCAUGUCCGAGAGAUAAAGGUCUGACCUGAGAGGUGACCUCGACAAUAGAGUCGUCCACUAGCACCAUUCUACACACAAGCCCGACGUCCAUCAGCGGCCACAAACAUGCUUCUUUGUAUAGCAUUCAUGUGCAUAGCAUGCUGCAAUGCACUCCCAGCGUUCAAACGGGCUUCGUUCGACCCCAACGCCAUCUAUCAACAGCAAUCUCAGGCAGCUCAGUCGUUUCUGACAGGGAGUUCAAACAAUGUAGCAUCUCCAGGGGGAAGUAACCCCGCAAGCCCUUCCGGUGGUAGUAGUGGAUCUUCACAGUCGGGCGCGAACAGUGGGAGCAUUUCCGGAAGUUUCGACCCAAAUGCUCUUUUCCAGCAACAAAUGCAACAAGCUCAACAGUUCAUGCAAUCAGGUGGUUCAAAGAGUCCAUCUUCGAGUUCUAGCAGUUCAUCAUCAGGAAGCAGUUCCGGUAGCAGUGCUGGGGGGUCUAGUAACAGCUUCAAUCCUAACCAAAUGAUGUCAGGUUCUUCAUCAAGUUCUUCUAGCGCUUCAUCGAUGGGCAGUUUUGAUCCAAACUCACUUAAUAAUCAAAUGAUGCAACAGGCACAACAAAACAUGAACAAUGGAGGUGGGAGCAGUAGUGGAAGUCAGUCUUCCUCGAGUGGAUCCAGUUCAGGAUCUAGUGGAAGUUCGAGCAGCUUUGAUCCUAAUGCUCUGAACAACCAAAUGAUGCAGCAAGCUCAACAAAACAUGAACAGUGGAGGCGCUAGUAGUGGUGGAAAUCAGCCCUCUUCAAGCAGUUCCAGUUCAGGAUCAAGUACAGGCAGCUUCAAUCCUAAUGCUUUAAACAACCAAAUGACGCAACAGACACAACCAAGUAGUAACAGUGGAAGCAGCAGUAGCAGUGGAAGUAGCGCAAGUGGGGGCAGCAGUAGCAGCUUUGAUCCAACAUCGAUGAACAACAAUAUGCUUCAGCAAAAUAUUCAAAAUAUGCAGCAGCAAAUGUCUUCAAUGUCUGGCGGAAGCGGAUCAGGAGGUAGUUCUAGCCAAAUGAUGUCACCAAGCAAUACAAUGGGUGGAGGUGGAAGUUCAUCAUCUAUGGGAGGAUCUUCAAGUUCAUCAGGAGGUGGAUCAGAUCAGAUGAUGUCGCCAAGCAGCAUGACGGGAGGUAGUUCUGGAAGUAGUGGGAGCAGUAGUAGCGGCUCUGGCGGAGGUAGCAGCAGUAGUUCUGGAAGUUUUGAUCCGAAUGCUAUUAACAGUCCCGAUAAAAACAAAAUCGAUCCAAGUCAAUUCCUGCAAAAUAUGGGAAGCAGCGGUGGAUCUCCAAGUUCGAGUGGCGGAUCAUCAGGGGGCAGUUCCAGUCAAAUGAUGUCACCAAGCAAUAUGAUGGGUGGAGGUGGAAGUUCUUCAUCUAUGGGAGGACCUUCCAGCUCAUCCGGAGGUAGUUCAAGCCAGAUGAUGGGAGGAAGUGGAGGAAGUGGAGGAAGUUCCCAAUCUACGGGAGGAUCUUCAUCUGGAAGUGGUUCAAGUCAGAUGAUGUCACCUAGUAACAUGAUGGGUGGUGGUUCUGCGUCCAACAGUGGGGGCAGCAGCAGUGGAUCAAGUGGAAGUUCAUCAAGUCCAAGUGGCGGGUCAAGUCAAAUGAUGUCGCCAAACAACAUGAUGGGAGGUGGUUCUUCGUCCAGUGGAGGCGGGUCAAGUAGUAGUGGAAGUAGCAGCAGUUCUGGAAGCAGCAGUGGUGGAUCUGGCAGUGGCAGUGGUGGUUCUGCUAGCUUUGAUCCAAAUCAACUUAAUCAGCAAAUGAUGGCCUCUUCCAGUAUGACAGAUCCGUCAAAGUUUACGAGUGGAGUAAGUGCUGGAAGUACAUCAGGAUCACUUGGAAACGGAAUGAAAUUUGAUGUUCUCGAUCCCAGUCAAUUUGUUGGAUAAUUAAAUAAAUGUUUAAUGUCAACAGUUCUUUUUUAUUAUUAUUCUUUCAGUAGAAAUUGAAAACUCCAUUAUAAGUACAUUUAAAUCUGUCAAUGAUUUAGGAGUAUGUGUGUUUGUAUGUGUCAGGGAUAAUAUUGUUUUCUAAAUGUCGAAGAUACUCUGUUUCAGUGUAUGGAUGAUCUGAAACAGAUUGGUAGUAAUACUGUCAACAUCAUAAAUUAAAUGCAUUAAAUAAACCUUAAACAUUACAGCAUGAUUUGGCAACAACUGAUCAAGAUAAUUGUAUCCAAGGUCAGUCAGUAAUCAGGGAAACAAAUAUGUGCAAAACAUUCAAACCGCUUAAAACAGGUACAAGUGGCAAAUGACAAUGUUUGUGCACCUUGAACUAACUACAUGAAACGUGUUCAACACUGGUAGGCCAAAUAACCUAUAACAGAAUACACAUUUCACAUAAAGUCCUAUUUCAACACCAGGUUUGAAGGUUACGGCGAGUGUCUCGUGUCUCGUGUCCCCAUUCAAAGACCUUGUCUGAUAAAUCUUAAGCCAGACGGUUCUUUUUAGUGUCACACAAAAUCAUUUUCAUUUGGUUUAAACACAAGCACCAGUUCUAAGGGAGAUAACUUCUAGAGGACAUAACAAGACAAAUGGUUUAAAUCUUAAAAAUGAAACUCAACAUUUUUGUCACAAGUUCUCAAUUAUCCAAUUUUUAACACACACCAAGAAACUUUCUCUGAUGAACAUACAACUUUCUCAAGAAGAAACGGCAUAGUCAGACUUUUAAUUUCAAGACGAAAUUCAAUAAUACCAUAAUUCUGUCAAAGUAUCAAUCACAAACUCAUUCAUUAUGCUUACAAUUAGUUAUAGAGUACACAUGAGUGAAACGUGAAUGAGCAAAGUUAAGUGACUGGGAAAUAUAAGUGAUAUAGUUAGAUUUUUCUCCAGUUUCACGGUCAUCAUCACGGUAUACAUACAGGUAUCUACACAAUACACAAACAACA